GUGCUUUUGUGUUUAUGUAAUUUUCUCGAAUGUCCUCUUUGACGCAUACCAACAAAUAUUUUCGUGGUCUUGUCACAGGUGUAAUCUAAAUAAAUACAUAUCAUGGAGAACAAUACAUAUAAUAACCAUAGUCUGAACCAAGAGUUAUUCAUUAAUUCAUAGCAAAUUAAUUGCAAUAAUAAUUAAUUUACGUUAUGGACCCAGAGUUACGAUACGUCGAAUGGAUAAGAAAGUCAGUGUUCUAAUCGUUACUUUAUGGGCUAAAUAAUUGUGUGAAUCAAUUGUCAUUCAUCUCGCUAGUCAAACAUUUUCAUCAUCAAUGAGUCAUUGAGCAUCCGACGCUAAACAAAAAUAGUUACUUUUUACUCUGACAAUAGAGAAGUGCCGUUCGAUGAGCUACAUAAAUAAAAUAAUAUGCUCAAACUAAAUAAAAGAUCAUGUGUCUAACAAAGUUAACAAACACACUUUUAUACUAAUAUGCAAAUAUGCAUGAACUACUCAUAGCAAAGUUGUGUCAUCGCGUUUUGUAAAAGUUGCUCUGUAGGUAGUGUGUCUGUGUUUUCUUACGAAAUCUUAAACUGCAAGAUUUUUUUUUCGCCAAAAUGUGUGAUUUGUGUUUAGGAAUUUUGCUAAUAAUUUUAGUGCAAAGUUCAACUAGAUUUUCCAUAUCAGCAGAUCAUAAUCAUGUCGCUGAAGCUGAGUGUGCAAUUCUCAGUGUUUAUGACAAACGAAACCAAUCAGUAAGUCAUAGUUCAAAUGAAGUUGAACAGCACUGUAAUCAUCGCAAUGUCACAAUUAGCUCAAAUUAUCUCAGUCGAGCCGAUUUUCUGUCACAAGUAUUCGGAACAUGUUUUAUUCAUGGAAAUAACCUCACUAUCAAUGUCAAGGAGAAUUGUGCACUUACAACGAACAUUGGAAAGGAAGAAGUGGUAUAUGAAACGGGAAGCCAAAAUAUCGUUGCGAUUUCGAACUUGUCGUCCUUUGUAAUAACCUCGUGUCAAUGUGCCCAGUUCAAAAAUGGUUCAGAGCUGGUUGGAAUAAUAUUCUCACCAUACGAUAAACAUGCUGUGAAGUGCAAGGAUACGGACGAAACUGAAAAAUCUUGUCUAUAUCCGGACCGAAAGAAACAUGUCAAUUGGUGGGACUAUUCCAAAGCAGAAAUAAUGAGACAAUUGGAACUCGUUGCAACGGAGUUCAGGACGAUAUCAACGUAUGGAAUUGGAACGGUUGCCAAAUCUUUGGAGCCGCCAGAAUUUAAUCAUGAUUGGCGAGAUGGACUCCCGAUCGCUCAAGUGCCGUUUAGCGUUGCCGAAAUAAAUAAGGAUGCAGGAUACCACAAAUUAAAGAUCAUUGUUGGAGCAUUCUCUCACGAGUCGUACACCAGUGAACAGUUCCAAGCCGAGGUUGACAACGCCGUGAUGGCUGCAAAAGAUGCUGAAAAUUCCUUUCCUGGGUCCAUCUCUGGGAUUUCGAUUCACUUCAACGUGCUUACCAUGCAAACAGAAGAACAUGUGCGUCUCGUGCAAAGGAGUAUGACCUCUGCUCGUGGAUACACUAAAACUGGUGGGAAAGUUGGGGUCAGAUUGGAAGAAUGCGACCUUGCUUUCAAGGAGCUUUACAACCGGAGUGAAGAAUCGGCGAGGUUGUAUUGCAAACCGUCUGACCUGAGCUGUACCGCUGAUCGUCCGCUUUUACUCGAACCGAUACUUGAGCCCCUCGUAAAAAAUGCUCAUUUCGUGAUCUGUUUUACACGCCCACAACGUCAAAUGUUUUCUGCUAAAAACCUCAAGUUGACAAUGAGUGAAAUUACGGAAAAACUUGGUCAUCGAUUGGAAGAGGUGAAGAAAGCAUUAUUGAAAGUCAAUCCAAAGAUUGAACUCAUGGUUGAAACUGGCUGGCCAAGUAAAGGAACAAGUUCGAAUGGAUCCCCAAAUUCAGUGAAAAAUAUGCACGAAUAUUGGGCCUACAUGAUCAAGUGGGCCGUAAGGCAGCGGCUAAGGAUUUUUAUGUUUGAGGCAUUUGACGAGCCCUGGAAGUCUGAUCUGACCUUGUCAGGACGAAAUGUAAGCAAUGGUUUGUGUGGGUCGGAGGAUCACUAUGGAUUAUGGAGAAGAAAGGACAACUCAAUUCCGGCCGAGUAUCAAAUGAAGGGCGGCUCAUUGCUGAACUUUACAGUUUAUGAUACAAACUACACUCAUUCUAUAAUCGAGCCAGGAUUUCCUGAAGGAUGCCAGCUUGAGGAAAAUGUAGACUCACCUCGUGGAAAAGUUCUAAUAAUUGCGAUAAGCAUUACUGGAAUUGUGUUUGGUUUAAUGAUCUUCGGGUUGGGGUAUAUGGCUUUCCGCUUGAAACUUAUGAAAAAGAAUUCCCAUCUACAACUCAGCCAAAAAUAUCUAGAAAUAUUCCUGCAUGGAAAUGAAUCUGGGGGCAAAGAAAAUUUGAUAGAAAACGACGACUACCAGAUAAUUGCGCUUCAAUUUCCAUACGACAAGAGGAAAUAUGAAUUGGCCAAGGGAAGUUUUAAAAUAGAUUUGUCUAAUCCAAUCGGAAAAGGCCAGUCAGGAACAGUUUAUCUUGGGCAGAUCGAUGGAUACCCGGGACCCAUCGCUUUCAAGUCCUCUGAUAGCUCAAACAGUAUUCUAGACAUUAAAAAUUUUCUCUCUGAAAUCAAAAUUAUGAGUUACAUUGGGCACCAUGAAAAUAUCGUUUGUCUAAUUGGAGCUUACACUGAGAAAUUGGAGAGAGGUAUUGUCAAUUUGGCUCUCGAAUAUUGCGUUCUUGGAAGCUUAGAUAAAUUUCUACUGGGGAAGGGCCAGUACGCGUCUCAUGAGUCGACCAGUAUCAAAGAACAGUGUGAAAAUCUCAACUACGUCACAACAGCCUGUUUAGGAAGCCAGUCGUCGUCUUUAGCAUCCUCGUCAGAUCACGACGACGAAGAACAAGCCAGUAGACCAAUCACUUUUGAUUUAAUGACCAUGUUUAAAUGGAGUUACCAAAUUGCAAAUGGGAUGGAAUAUUUGGCAAGUAAAAAGGUCGUCCAUGCUGAUCUCGCAUGUAGAAAUAUUCUACUAACCAGUGAUAUGACCAUUAAAAUUACCGACUUUGGUUUAUCCAGAAAGUUGUAUUCUGAAAUAACUCCAGCGUUGGUGUUUGAGUGCGAUGUUCCCCUCCCUUGGCGAUGGAUGGCUCCCGAGAGUUUGCGCAAGCUAGUGUUCUCAACAGAGAGCGACGUCUUUUCCUUUGGGGUAACCAUUUGGGAAAUCUUCACAUUGGGCGACGUGCCUUUUGCUGGUUUGACAUUUUGUAAUCAGUUUGUAAGCGAUUUGGAGGGGGGAAUGCGACUGGAGGAAGCAAAAUACGCAACCGAUGACUUACUUGAUCUUUUGGACGAGUGUUGGGCAUUUCAUCCAAAUGAAAGACCUAAUUUUACAAGGUUGAAGGAGGAUCUGAGCCGUCUUUUGUAGUGUUAUCUUUGAGACAUAAUAUAUAAUGGUUUUCUACAUUAGUUAGUUUUAAGUACUAUAAUUAAGUAUACAUCCUUGUACAAAUAUAGUGAAAUAUCCAGACUAGAAUCAAUGCAUCUUUUCUAUUUCUACACGUACAGCGUUAGUAAUUAAGUGACACAUUAUCUGCAUUUGAGUGUUCUGUUGGCCAAUUUAUUUAUACAUAAAAGUAGACUUCGCCAUCAUCUAAUCUUCAAUAAAAUGGAUGCAGAUUACAGACUGAUCAGACAAAAUAAA